UGAAUACGUAGAAAUCCAUAUAUACUUGGUUCAAGACCUUUUAUUUGUUCAUUCAAUACAUCUCAUCCGUUUAUAUCCAAUUUUGAGAUAUUUAGUCCUCUGUAUCUUCACACAAUGUGAUCAAGAAGUCUUCCUUCAUCCGUUCAUUAUUCAUAUGGAUUUCUUCUGCCUUUCAUUUUGAUCAAGUUUUUACAAUAUUUCAGGUCAGCCGAAAGCUUCGUUUCUAGUGAUGAAAAAUGGCAGAAGGUCGUGAUUGGAUGUAUAAGCGUCGAAGUCGGACUUCUGGUAAUCUAAACUAUGAGUUUGUAGAAGGUGUUAAAAAUUUCUUAGACUAUGCUUUUACCAUAUGUCAAAACAAAGGAGAAGAUAUGGUGAAAUGUCCAUGUAAAAAAUGCAAACUCAGAAAGUACUACGAUAGAGAUACUAUUGAAACACAUUUGUGUAACAAUGGAUUCAGAGAAAACUAUUAUAGAUGGGAUUGUCAUGGUGAAGAGCUGCCAAUAAACCCUUGUAUAUACCGAGGAUAUGUAUCAGCUGAUACAGAAUCUUAUGAAAAUGUAUCUCUUAGUGGUGAUUAUAUUGAACAGAAUCACCUAUUGGGAUGCACACAAAUGGUUAGGGAGGUGAUGUAUCCAUUCUCUAGUAACGCAGAAAAAGAAACUAAUGAUCUGAAUAUGUUUUAUUGUGGUGAUGAAGACAAUGGUGAUCAUGGUUUUGAGAGUAAUGAAAUGGAGUAUCAAAAUAUUCCAAACCAAAAUGCACGAGAGUUCUAUAACCUCUUAGAAGAUGCAUCUGCUCCUUUAUAUGAUGGUUGCACGGAUCACAACAGAUUAUCAGUAGUGUCUGAGCUCUUAAGCGUUAAGAGUCAAUAUAAUAUGUCUGAUGCAUGUUUUGACAAAGUAGCGUCACUUGUGGAACGGAUUGUUCCAGGUGACAACAAAUUCCCGAAGAGCAUGUAUCAUGCCAAAAAAAUGGUCAAUGGAUUAGGGUUGCCAUAUUAUAAAAUUGAUGCAUGUGAGAAUAAUUGCAUGCUAUUUGAUGGUGAUGAUAUAGAUCUGGCGUAGCAAAACGUGUGGUUCAUGUAGGUACUAUGAAGAUACGAUGGAUCGGGGAGGAAAACGGAAGGCAGUGGCAAAAAAAGUGUUGCGAUAUUUGCCAAUAACAGAGCGUUUGAAGAGAAUGUACAUGUCAUCGAAAACAUCAGAAUUUAUGACUUGGCAUACACGAGGUACUUCUUCCACUCGCACCACUAUUUCACAUCCAUGUCAUUCAGAGGCAUGGAAACACGUUGAUCAAACAUUCCCUGAUUUUGCUCUUGAGUGUAGAAAUGUGCGUUUGGGGUUAUGCACAGAUGGGUUUAAUCCAAAUUCUGAUUUUAGUAACCCAUACUCAAUUUGGCCGGUAUUCAUUGCUGUAUACAAUUUGCCUCCUGAACUUUGCAUGAAAGAGCCAUAUAUUUUUAUGGCUAUGUUGAUACCUGGUCCUCGAUCCCCGGGAAGGAACAUAGAUAUAUUUUUAAGACCACUUAUUGAUGAGUUGAACAUGUUGUGGAAUGUUGGAGUUGAAACAUGGGAUGCUUGUCGAAAGCAAAAUUUCAUGUUACGGGCAUGCCUUUUAUGGACCAUUAGUGACUUCCCAGCAUAUGGAAUGUUGUCGGGAUGGAGCACACAUGGCCGAUUAGCAUGUCCUUACUGUCUGGGAGAUGGAGUUGCUCACCAGCUUAAGUUUGGGAAGAAGCCAUGUUGGUGGGGUUGUCAUAGGAGGUUUCUAGAACAUGAACAUGCAUUCCGUCGUGACACACAAUCAUGGGGAAUUUCGCGAAGUGAACGUAGGAGACCUCCCUCGGUACUAUCUGGUGUUGAAAUUUUGAGGAGUAUGGAGAACAUUAUAUUCCCACCAUUUGGCUCUCAAUUUGACAAUAUGCGUGCUGAUGGAUUUGGAAGAACUCACAAUUGGAUCAAAAGAUCUAUUUUUUGGGAACUACCAUAUUGGAAACAUUUGCUUGUGCGACAUAACCUUGAUGUAAUGCAUAUUGAGAAAAAUUGUUUUGAUAAUGUGUUUAACACAGUUAUGAAUGUCAAGGGGAAAACUAAAGAUAAUUCCAAUUCGAGGCGUGAUAUGGAGCAAAUGAACAUACGAAGAGAGUUGCAUUUGUACGACCGUAACAUGGCCACAUAUCAACCAAAAGCAAGUUAUGUGUUAGAUAAACCGAGCAUAAUCAAUAUUUGCCAUUGGUUGAAGCAUGAAGUUAAACUUCCUGAUGGUUAUUCAUCUAACAUUGGACAUUGCGUGAACACAACUACUAAUACAUUUUAUAGUAUGAAAAGCCAUGAUUGUCAUGUGUUCAUGCAACGUCUACUUCCAAUUACACUGCGCGGUUAUCUAAGUUUACCAAUAUGGGCUACGAUUUCUGAGUUCUGCAAAUUUUUUAGACUUAUCUGUGCAAAGGAACUUUGUAUUGCAGACAUCGAAAAAAUGCAAGAUGCUAUUGCUGUUACGCUCUGUAAACUUGAGAAAAUAUUUCCACCAAGUUUUUUUGAUUCCAUGGAACAUUUGACAAUCCACCUGCCAUGGGAGUUGAAAGUUUGUGGCCCUGUACAAUUUCGUUGGAUGUACCCUUUUGAACGUUUGAUGAAAAAGUUGAAGGAGAAAGCAAAAAAUAAACAAUUUCUAGAGGGAUCAAUUGUUGAAAAAUUCUGGGUACAGGAAGUUGCUUUAUUUUGUGAACAUUACUUUGAUGACAAUUGUGGUUCCCGCAUCAAUCCUCAUGUUAGAAAUGAAGUUCGACCUAAUAUGUUGGUUGUGGGGGAAACUUCUAAUGAUGUAGACAAAUUGUCUAUCUUCAAGCAUCCUGUUACAAACUUUAGUCGCACAAAGAAUCGUGUAUUGACAAAUGAAGAACUACACCAUGUCCAUAGCUAUGUUCUGCUCAAUACCCCUGAAGUUCAACCGUACAUUGAUCACUUUGAAUGUCAACUUAGACAAUCUUCCCCAGCUUUGAAUGAUUUUGAUGUUGCUGAACAGAGAAUGACACACUUUGCUACAUGGUUUGAGACAAUGGCGCAGUUAUUUCCUCAGAAUUUUACCCAACAACUAAUCGAGUUAUCACAAUGGCCAAAAAAGAAAACCAUGGCAUAUGGUGGCUCAUAUGUAAAUGGGUUCAAAUUUCAUACAAGAAUGUAUGGAGAGGGUAAACGCACAUCUAACUGGGGCAUUUGUGUACUUGGAGAAACUUCAGAAGAAGUCAUGUCUUCAAGGGCUUAUGUUCGUGGUGGUGGUCAUCACGCGAUUCGUGGUCGUUCAAAUAAUGGUUCCGUAGUUGGUAGUGAAAGGCACCGAUACUUGUCAGGGGUACAUAUAAGUAGCCAGAAUGUUGAUCACUCACCCAUGACCCCCCCAUCAAAUGCAAUCAACUCAUUUGCUACAAAUACGAGGGAUGAACCAUUUACGCAGCCUAAUGUCACACAACAAAGUGUCCCCUCCACACAGCCCCGCGAUCAUAUUGUACUCGGCGAUCUCAAAGUAAAUGAUAAAGUGAAAGUCUUAGGAAACUAUUGCCACAAAGUUGUUUACCGGAUGGCCACCCAACUAUGGAAAUUUAGAACCUAAAGAUCGCGAAGAAUACAUUAAACAAUUCUCGAACGAAUAUAAAUGGGCACCGUCAGAUAAUGGGUUAAUGAGUUCCAAACUUCAUUCAAAGUUUUCUACUCGUUAUACGGCGCGCUUGUCAAAUAUCAGACAAAAUGUUCAAGAAAAAAUUCCGGAUUUUCUUGAUGACCAGGAUUAUACUAGAUUCAUUCCCUUCCGACCAGAGCUUGUAACCCCUCAAACAUGGCUAAAAUUAUGCGACUAUUGGAACACCGAUGAAUGGAAGAAGAAGUCUGGAAUUGCGAAGCGUAAUCGUGUUGGAAACCUUGGUGAUGGAGAAGUUACUGCUAAGACAAAAGGAAGAAAGUCGAAAGAGGAUUUCUAUUCUGAGCUCGCAUUAGAACUUGGCCGAAUUCCCACGAUGGAAGACUUUGGUGAUAAGUGGUGUACAAUUGACCCUGCAACAAACCAGCCGCUUCAAACAACCUUUGCUCGUUACAUGGCAAUAUAUCGUGAACGCAUGAAAGAAAAAUAUGGACCGGAGCGGGCACAACAUCCGACAUUUGACUAUGAGAUCUGGAUUGAGAUUACUGGUCCUCAAAAAAAGGGACGAUUAGUUGGCGUACCACAACAAUUAUCUCAUCCUCAUUUGUUUCGGCCAUCAAAACCAGAGGAAGUAUACACUAUGUUUUUUUAAAGAAGGAUCGAUCUGUGAGUUUAGAGCGCCAAUUUGUUGAGCUCAAGACCCAAAUGGAGAUGAUGCAGGUUGAAAUGUCUGAGCUCAAGGCAAUAAUUCAAAAAUUGAUGGAAGAAAAUCUAGAGCAAAGAACCCAUUUCAAAUCUUCUAUGAGCAAUAUUUGGGGUCAUCUGAUGAAUAUGGGCGUUGUUACUCCGAAUACGAUCCCAUUUAAUUUAGUUGCGGGAGAAGGGUAUCCAUCUCAACAACACCCGCCUUCUAUGUUUGGGCAACCGUCACUACCCCAACAACCAUUGCCAUUCCGACAUCAACAACCUGCAUCCUUCAGCCAGCUUAUUCAGAUGAACUACGCCCAAGCACAACAUGAGACUUUGGGGGAUCAACCUGCACAGUUUGGUAUCACUGGUUUCACACAACCGACAUCGUCUAAAAGGCGCUCAAGAGCGCCUCCAAUCCUUGCAAAUCAACCAAUCCUUGCACCACCUAUUCUUCCAAUGCGGCGUCCUCGCGAGAGCUCAUCUAGCGAUAAUUCCGAUGAUGAUGAGGAAACUGAUGAUAGGAAUGAUGAUAGUUAGUAAAAAAUAUAAUAUGUUUAGAAUUUUCGGUUUAAGACUGUUUUGUGUUCUAUGUUGUUUGCUAAGACUCCAUUUUUGUGUUGUACUAAAACAGUUUCCUUCAACUGGAUAUGUAAACAUUAGUAUAUUUUUAAUACUUUGUGUUCUAAAAUUAUCACUCAAUAAUACCAG